AUGAAAUCAUUUGUUUCGUUUAAAGAUAAGAAUCAUUCUAAAAGUGGUGUAACCAGUCCACUAGCUAACGAGGACGAGUUGUUUUCUGGCUCUGUCAUUUACAAUAUCAAACGUCUACUUUGUAUACCUGACACAGACCCUGCAGUUCAUCAGAAUUUUCGAAGAAUAAGAAAUACGAGGUUGCUUCGAGCUACGACUCAUGAUGCGAUCUACAAUCUGCCGGACCAAUCUAGUGUUGAGAUGAAGGUUGGCCUAUGCCGUGGGAAAAAAAUGCUUAAGGGUGCAGUCCAAGGGACACCACUGGAAGGUGCAAUUGCUUCAGGCAUCGAAAAUUUGCACUUAUCAAGGAUUGGAGCUACUCUAAUGAGUCCUCAUUAUCCUCUUAUUCAUGUGUGCAUCAUCGUGGAUGUUUCGAAUGCGGUGAAAGUUUUCACGAAUGUUACCCUCAAAGGUUUUCCUAUGGAAGUAAGGAUGCCAAAUUUUGAUGGUGGCCAUGGUCUGUGGGCUGAAAACUUGUCCCACAGUUAUGGUUAG